AUGUUCUACACGUCUCUCUGGACAUCACUUCUUCUAGUCGGCGCGGUUUUCCUUCUGAUAAAUUACGUGCACGGGCGCAGGGCUCGGUCUACGCUCAACAAUAUCCCUGGACCUCCCUCGUCCUCGUUGUGGGUUGGCAACCUGAGCCAGUACUUUGCUCUGCAUGGUUCGGAAUUCCAGCGUCAUGUUGCUCAGGACUACGGACCCGUAACAAAGCUUCAUGGCCGUUUCAAUAGCCCCAUUUUGUACGUGUCUGAUCCAAAGGCCUUACACACGAUUGUCGUGAAGGAGGAAACCCGGCACAUGCUGCUCGGUCCCGGAUUACUGAGCAUGCAAGGUGCAGGGGAGAAACAUCGUAAACAACGGAAGUUACUCAACCCGGCAUUCUCGAUCAAACAUAUGCGUUACAUGCUGCCGAUGUUUUAUGAGGUUGUGCAUAAGCUUCGAGUGGCUAUCGAGAGACAGGUGGCUAGUGGCCCUCAAGAGAUUGACAUGUUGGACUGGAUGAGUCGUACCGCCCUGGAGCUGAUCGGACAAGGCGGUCUUGGAUAUUCGUUCGACCCGCUUGUGGAAGACGUGAAGAAUGAUUAUGGUGAUGCUCUGAAGAGCAUAGCGCCAAAUUUGGGGAGAAUACUACCCAUGGUACGGUUAAUUCUCCCGUUUAUCGAGGUUCAGGCUGUCAGGAAUACUGUCGACACGAUGGACCGUCGGUCUCGUGAGAUCUACGAAGGAAAGAAAGCGGCCCUUCGCGAAGGAGAUGAAGCUGUCUUGCAACAAUUGGGAGAAGGAAAAGAUAUCAUGAGCAUUCUUAUGAACUCAAAUACUACGACGUCGGCCGACGACCGACUGACGGAAGAUGAGCUAAUAGCUCAGAUGUCGACCUUUGUAUUUGCUGCCACAGACACGACGUCGAACGCACUGGCUCGCAUCUUGCAGUGCUUGGCUGAGCGCCCAGAUGUUCAGGAUAAGUUGCGCGCGGAGCUUCUCGAGGCCGGUGCGGGAGGCAGCUUAUCCUACGACGAGCUCGAUCAAUUAUCUCUCCUUGAUAGCGUUUGCCGGGAAACGCUGCGAUUGUAUCCUCCGGUCCGAGCAUUGAUCCGUAAUGCACGUCAGGAUACUGUGCUACCGCUGCAUGAGCCGGUCGUUGGGAUUGAUGGAAGACUUAUCCAGGAGAUUUCCAUUUCAAAGGGGACCACGGUCAUGAUCGGAAUCUUGGGCUGUAACACUAGAAAAGCAAUAUGGGGUGAGGAUGCUGACGAAUGGAAGCCUGAGCGCUGGCUCUCCCCGUUGCCUGAUACCGUCACAAAGACUACCGUUCCCGGUGUCUACUCCAACUUGAUGACUUUCAUAGGUGGCAAGAGAGCUUGCAUUGGAUUCAAGUUCUCCGAGAUGGAGAUGAAGGUGGUGCUAUCUGGUUUGCUGACUAGUUUCACGUUCAGCCUGUCGGACAAGCCCAUCCAAUGGGUUGCUGCCGGGAUCAGCUACCCUUCCGUAGACAAGGAAGGAAAGGUCCCACAGAUGCCGCUCAAGGUGGGAAUCUUUACUGGCGCGAAGGCCUGA